GUCACUUGCCUCUCCUCGUCUACAGUUGUACGACAUAACACACGAUGGCAGCCGGACUGAAGACUGUCAUCCUCCUCUCCUUCGUCCUCGCAGUCGGCUUCCUGCUCAUCAUCCUCUCCUGUGCUCUCUGGGCCAACUGGCUCCCCCUUCUCGUUGCACUAACUUUUGUCCUCGCCCCGCUCCCCAACGCGCUCUUCGCCCACUGCGGCGCAGACGACUUCUCAUCGUACGGCGAGACCUCCGCCCCCGUCGACCUCGGCCGCUUCCUCACAGCCGUCGUCGUCGUCACCGGCUUCGCCCUCCCCAUCGUGCUUGCCCACUCCGAGGUCAUCCGCCCCGCGGCAUGCGCCAUGUCCAUCAUCGGCGGAGCCCUUGUGUAUGGCACGAUUCAGGCGUACGCAGCCGCUUUCAGGCAGGACGACGAGUACGAGUAAGAAGGUCGCGUGUCGAUCGCUUGGCGCUUAUUUAUUGCACGGUGGCCCCGACGACUCGUCAGAGACUCCACCGCCUUGUUCAUCCUGUCAUCAUCAGCCCUGAGGAUGCGUAGCAAUAUGCUGUUGUAAAUGGUGCAGGCUUUAAUGUACGGUAAUAGCGAAUAUCUCGAUAUGAAGCCCAUUCAUAAGUUGGCGCCAUGUACCCAUCCGUUCCUCGUCACGUCGGCGCUCACGUCUUCGGAGGUCCAUUCGAAGGAGGAAGCCCUCCAGUGCGUGAACCCCCCGCAGCACCACGCUGCUUCUCCAGCACCGCCAGCGCCUGCGAGACGAGCUGAAUCUUGGGCCAGAUCGAACCAAACAGCCGCUCGUUCUCCGCCGUAAGUGUCCGCGCGACGUCCUCCUGGAACUCUUCGAGCAGCGGUGUCAUCUGCUCGAGAAGGGAAUCGCGAAGCGGCUCGCGCAGCUCUUCGAUCAGGUAGUCGACCGUCGGCACGAACACGGGCGGCGGCGGAGGGGGCGUGGGCGGGCGGGCGAGCGCCGCUUCUGUCGCUUCCAUCAGUACCUCGAUCUCCCUCUGCAUCUCCGCCUGCUCCUUUUUAUGCGCCUCGAUCGUGUCAGCCAGCUG